UAAUUUAAACUGAGUGGAAAGUGGAUCACAGGAGAGACUCUGAGCCUGCGAGAGGACAGUCCGAUUUCAGCUUUAAUUACUGAUUAGUGGAACAACAGAGAACAGACACUAUGCCGAACAUGGAAAAACAGCUGUUUAACCUCAAGUUUGCAGCCAAAGAGCUGCAGAGAAAUUCCAAGAAAUGUGAUAAAGAGGAGAAGGUGGAGAAAGCCAAGGUGAAAAAGGCUAUUCAGAAGGGGAACGUGGAGGUUGCGCGGAUCCAUGCAGAAAAUGCCAUUCGCCAAAAGAACCAAUCAGUGAACUUCCUCAGGAUGAGCGCACGUGUCGAUGCUGUGGCUGCCAGAGUUCAGACCGCAGUUACCAUGAACCAGGUCACCAAAUCCAUGGCUGGGGUGGUGAAGGGCAUGGACUCUACACUGAAAUCCAUGAACUUAGAGAAGAUUUCAGCACUGAUGGAGAAGUUUGAGCGUCAGUUUGAGACGCUGGACGUGCAGACGGCUCAGAUGGAGGACACAAUGAGCAGCUCUACAACUCUCACCACGCCUCAGAGCCAAGUUGAAUCUCUGAUGAUGGAAAUGGCGGAUGAGGCAGGAUUGGAUCUGAACAUGGAGCUCCCCCAGGGACAGACCGGAUCAGUGGGUACCAGCGUAGCAUCUGCAGAACAGGAUGAGCUGUCACAGAGACUGGCCAAACUCAGAGACCAGGUCUAAGGAGAAAACCCUGCUGGUCUAGCCAGAAGAGGAGCAACGUGUGUGCGCGUUUGUGCACGUGUGUGCGUGUGUGUGUGUGAGUGUGUGCGUGUCUGCAUAACAUGGAUGAGAAUUUCUGUGCAGUUUACCAGAAGCCCCUCUGCGUUUUCUUGUUAUGGUCUUCCCAGAACUAGACGGUCUCUCUCCCUCUAUCUCUGGCUCUGUCUGCUUUUUAAACGUUUUCAGGGGUUUGUGGGUAAUGGUGAACACCAUGUCGCAGGGCUCUGGGAAACGGGACAACAUGUUUGUAUGUAACAUAUUUACUCCUCGGGAAGAUUUGCCUCAUAUUUUUAACCACACUUUUAUAAAACAACUUUACUGUACUGUAUUGUAAUAAAACUAAUGACAAAUUAUGAUGUAGAAGCACUACAGGUUGUAAAUAAAGAGUUUCUCUCUCUGUCUCUGUAUAAAAUGUUGCUGGAUUCAGAUUUUUUUUUUUUGGUGUGUGUUGUUCGGGUAUCUGUCCAAUAAUGCCAAAAAUCAUUUCUUUUUUACCGUCCUCUUCCCUCUGUCUCACCCCUCUCUCUUCCUCUCUGUCUUUAUCUGUCUGUUGAUUUGCUGGUUAGCCUUUUUUGCUCUUCUGUCAUAAUAAAGGUCUGUUUAUCAGAAAGCCCAUGUCUCACAGUGGCCGUGAUUACCAUUGAAGGUUUUAGGUUUUAUUUGAAUUCUCUGUUGUACAAUGUGCAGGGAAAAGACUAGUUUGGCUCCAGUACAGUCCCAGCUUUAACUGUUGUCAUACUGUUUUUCAGAC